GAUGUCGCAGUACAUAUUUCAAAUGUUGUUGGUCGAAAGCGAGUGUCGCCGCUCUCGAUCGCGUAUUCUUUCAAUAUUUUGAUUGCGAUAGUUUGAAAGUACAUAACAACUUUCGUCAGAAAUGUUUAAGCAGAAAAUGACUUCGUGAAAGUCAAGGCGUACAAUACGCUCGAUUAAAGUGAACUAUAGUGGCAAUUUUGUGAUAUAUAGGUUUCUAUAACAAGUGUUACAUUUGUGAGUUAAGCAACAAAUAUGCCCAAACGUAGUCCAGUGUGGAAUUUUUAUAAGGUAGACGAAAAUACGAGGAAAGCUACAUGCAAAGUAUGCAAUAUUCCUGUCAAGUUCUACAAGAACAAUCUGACAAGUUUAAAAAGCCACUUACAAAAAGAACAUGAAGCUGUAUAUAACGCAUUGUGGCCACGAACAGAGACUCGCGGCUCACCGCAGUGCGACCCUAGUAUCCCGAGUACUAGUACUGGUAUUACCAGUAACACUAUGCAGAAUCGACUACCUUAUGAAUGUGCAGUUGAUGAUGAAGGCCAAAGAGCCAACAAACGCCAAGAAUUAAUUGAUUUGCAUUCGGACAAAAACAUUUCGAAUGAAGGAGAGAAUAAUAAUAACUUGUCCUCUGCACGGCGCCCUAUCGAUGAUCAUAGCAUCCCAAGUACUAGUACUGGUAUUACUAGUACCACUCUAAAGAAAAGAGGACCUAAUGCAUGUGCUGGUGAUGAUGAAGACGCAAGAUCGAACAAACGCCAAAAAUUAAUGGAUUCCAAUUCGAACGAAAAAAUUUCAAAUGAACGAGAGAACAAAAUUAACCUUGAUUUGCUCGAGUUCUGCAUGGGUGGCUUCCAUCCAUUUUCCAUAGUAGAGGAAAGGGGCUUCAAAAAAUUAUGCCGGUGGAUUCCUGGAUAUGAACUGCCCACUCAGGAGACAUUAUCCAAUUCGAUAAUGACGGAACAAUAUUCGAAGUUGCAUGAAAAGGUCUAUCGUCAGUUGACUACUGAGGUCAAGAGCAUAUGCCUGACUGCUGAAAUGUGGACCUCGUUGAAAACUGAGAGUUACCUAGCCCUUAUAGGGCAUUAUUUAAAUGAAGAGUUAGAUCAGAAAACUCUUCUAUUGGGAUGUUGCCAAUUACCUGAUACUUCUUCUACGAAUAUCGCCGAAGCAAUUGGAAAAUUGGUCGAUAAAUACCAUCUCAGAAGUAAGGUGAAUUUUAUAAUAACUGACAAUGCUUCGAAUAUCGUGAGAGCGGUCAAAGAUGAGUUCAGGUGGGAUCAUUUUUGCUGUUAUGCCGACAGCCUCAAUUCAAUUGUUAAGAACGCUCUUCAACAUGUUGAGCCGCAAAUUGACAAAGUGAGAAAAAUUGUGGAUCACGUGAAUAACAGCACCUCAUCUUCCGAAAGGUUACGAAAAUAUCAAAUUCAACAUGGACAAGAUCCAAAGCAUCUGAUCCAAGCGGUCGAUACAAGGUGGAACUCAACAUUUUUCAUGUUGAAGAGAUUUAUCGAGUUGAAAGACGCCGUUGGGUCCAUGUUAUCAAGAUCUGUCGCGAAUCCAAAUGAACUCGUAAUGAAAAAAGAAGACUGGCAAUUAUGCAAUGAAUUAUGCCAAAUUUUAAGUCGGUUUGAAGAGUUGACGAGGUCAAUGAGUGAAGAAAAGUACGCAACAGGAAGCACUAUAAUUCCAGUGACCACUUGGUUAAAAGAUGUAUGUCGAACGUUUUCGGCGGAUAAGAACAUAUCUAGCAGAUCGCGAAAAACGGCACAGCUUCUCGGGUCGGGAUUGAGAGAACGAUUUAAACAUAUCGAAAAAAAAGAUUAUAUGUUUGCGUUAAACACCUUCUUGGACCCUCGUUUCAAGAAUCAGAAAGAUUUAUUUUCAGAUCCGAAUGAAGCACUGGAAACCAAGGAAAGGAUAAGAAAAAUGGUUGCUGAAAUUAUUGAGAAACAGAUGGCUACUUCCGGCGUCUCUGCAAAUUUCAAUAUUGACGAAGAUACUCGAAGUCCCUUGAAGAAAUAUGACAGGAUGGUAUCAACAAGUAUUUGCCAAGGGACGCCAAUGUCGAUGGCACAAGAUGAGGUGAAGAAUUUCUUAUCUGAUAAGAUGCUGCCAAGGAAAGAUGCUUCAGGCAACCCAACGUGUCCCCAAAAAUGGUGGAAGGAACGCCAGUAUGUGUACCCGAAUUUGAAGAUAAUUUAUGAGACAAAGUGCAAUAUUGUGGCAACAUCCGUUCCAUGUGACCGUAUGUUCUCGAACAGUGAGCUCGAGCUCAUAAUGAAUGCAAGGCGCACGAGACUUACGAGUAGUAAAGUGGAACAAAUAAUGUUCCUGAAUGUGAAUUCCCCGGAAGGACAGUUCGAAGAAAAUUAGGAGACUUUUUUCUAAAUGAUCAUUCAAGUUCAAUUUUUUUUCCAAGUACAAUUUAUAAACGCUUCUUCAUAUUUUUCAUCGUCAGCAUAACCAUAACAUAUUUAUUUUUCCUACUAUAAAUUAAUUUAAGAUCAAUUGUUUCUUUAAUGUAUCUUUAUAUUCUCUUUAAUCUUUCAUUGGCACAAAUUUGAUAUCUGUAUAGAUAAUAAACUAAUGCUUGAGCGUAA